CGAUCGGCGAUCACACUCAUCAUCUCAGGCAUCUAUCUCUCUCAGCAAAGCAACCAUUGACCACUCUUAUCAUCUCAGCGAAGCGACCGAUUCCAUCUCUCUCUCUCAGCGAAGCACCGAUCGACCUUCAGCAACUCUCAGUGCUGCUCUUGAAGAAACAUGUUUUGGAGGGAACGCGAGAGGGAGAACAAAGAGCUGAACAGUGGACCGCCUUGCGGCCAGGUUCGAGUUCUUGUUGUUGGAGAUUCAGGAGUGGGGAAAACUUCUCUGGUUCAUUUGAUUGUGAAUGGUUCUUCCAUUGCUCAUCCUCCUCAAACAAUUGGCUGUACAGUUGGCGUGAAGCACACAACUUAUGGAAAUUCAGGCAGCUCUUCAAAUAGCAUCAAAGGUGAUGGUGAAAGGGAUUUCUUUAUUGAACUAUGGGAUGUGUCUGGACAUGACCGAUACAAAGAUUGUAGGUCUCUCUUCUAUUCACAAAUAAAUGGUGUUAUCUUUGUUCAUGAUCUAUGUCAAAGAAGGACAAAAACAAGCUUGCAGAAGUGGGCAGCAGAUAUUGCAACAACUGGGACAUUCUCUGCUCCUCUAGGAUCCGGAGGUCCCGGUGGCCUCCCUGUUCCUUACAUUGUGAUUGCUAAUAAAGCAGAUAUUGCAUCAAAAGAGGGCACGAGGGGAAGCAGUGGCAAUCUUGUUGAUGCUGCUCGCCAAUGGGUUGAGAAGCAGGGUUUGCUUCCAUCAAGCGAGGAACUACCAUUGACAGAGAGUUUCCCUGGCAGUGGAGGCCUUAUAGCGGCUGCGAAAGAGGCAAGAUAUGACAAAGAAGCUGUGAUGAAAUUUUUUCGCAUGUUGAUCAGGAGGAGAUAUUUUUCAGAUGGCUUACCUGCACCAAACCCAUGGUCGUCUACACUUGUUCAAAGACCAUUGCAGCGAUCAAGUGAAAGUUUGAGUAAUGAAGAUCAACUAUACAAGAGUACAGGAACUGCAGUUCUAGAGAAGAAACUUCAUCCUCGUUCGAUUGGAGACCCAUACAAGUACAACAUUCUCCCUCCCCUUCCAGCUCAACACAAUCUGACGCCACCUCCCACUCUUUAUCCUCAGCAGCCAAUGUCAACUCCUGACAACAACUAUAACACCAUUCCAAGAUUUGCCUUGUCAAGCUCCCACGAUAUCAGCAGCAGCAGCAGCGCCAGAUCAAAGCGCACUGAUAUUAAUGUCUGAGGCUGAGGCUGAGGCGGAUGAUUUCAAUCUUUGCUUAUUGCUGCUAAAAAGAACAAAGAGGGAGCACAUUACUGGCCAUGUAAAAUCCCUAUCUUUUUGUUUGCACUUGUGAUAUUGGUCGAUUCAUUCUUUGAUUCAUUGGGAGGCCUCUUUGUUUAUGUGCAUCUUGUAUUUGAAAUUUAUAAUGGUUUGUUGUUCUACAUCCAGCUAUUCUUUUUCCAUGAUACUUCACACCAUUCUCUUUUUUUCUAUGAGAUAAAAUUGUGAAAAUGUAAAAACCAUUCCAUUGGGAAUUAGAUGGGUGUAUUGAAUUGCGGCUUUAUCACA